UUAUUUCUAGAUUGUACCUGCCUAAACUCAAACUUUCAACAAAUUUAUGAAGGUCAAACAGAUGGUUAUUCAGUAUUAUGUCAUUUUAUGCAAGGACAGAUAUUUUUAUUAACACGCACACUUAUCAAGUAAAAUAAAAAUUAACAUGUUUAUUAAAUUGUUUCAUACUUUGUUUUUACAAAUUUUAUAGCUGAACAAUAAUGAAACAAUUAAGAUAUAUUAUUGAACCCAUGUUCAUUUUUUACUAUACUGGACUUCUACUUCAAAUGCCUGUUAUUCAGCAGUAUAUUUAUAGUUGGUAUAGCAAAGAGUAUGGUCUUGAAUAUCAUUAUGAUACCCAAUCAAACUCCUGCCAUACUGGCAAAUAUAACAGUUCAGAAAUGGCUUUGGAAAAGAAUGUUCAAAGCAAAGUAUCAAGAUUUUAUGCUGGUUUAGCGUUAUGUCAAAACAUUCCAUGCAUCAUAACAUUGCUUUUCUAUGGAUCUCUAUCUGAUAUUGUUGGUAGAAAACCAAUAAUGGUGGUGACUACAGCUAUGUCAACUAUCUAUCUAAUUAUAUCUUCAAUAACAGUGUGGUUGGAACUCAAUAUAAAGUUUAUUUACAUAGGUGCCUUUUUUGAUGGACUUGGAGGAUCCUAUCCAGGGUUAGUUAUGUCAGGAACUGCAUACUUGGCAGAUUUGACUAAAAAAGAUAAAUUAUCAUUACGUCUUGCAAUAUUUGAAUCAGCUGUAUUAGUUUCUCUAGCAACUUCUUUUUAUACAAGUGGGAUUUUCAUAGCAAAAUAUUCAUUUGCUAUCCCAGAAGUUUUUAUUACUUGCUUGAUAAGUCUAUCUUUUCUAUGGGCAUUGUUUGUAUUAAAAGAAUCAUUGAAUUUUAGUUUACCUGAUACUGAAAAGAAAAAACUAAAUUUUAAAACAAUUAUUAUCAUGCCAGCAAAAUUAUUGGCAUCUUGGAAACGACAGUAUGUUCAUAGACAUGCAUUAAGCUUGGUCAUUUUGUCACUUUCAUUUAGUAGUAUUUUUUUAAUUCCAUUACUCUCAUUGGUAACAUUGUAUUUAUUAAACAGCCCUCUUUGUUUCUCUGCAACAAGUAAUGGUUAUUAUAUUGGUACAUUACUUGUUACUUUAUCAGUUAGUAGUGCACUUGGUGUUAAACUUUGUCUAAGGUUUCUGCCAGCACCAAUGGUUGUAUUGAUUUCAUUUGGUUUUGGUUCUGCAUAUUAUUUUUUGCUUGCAUUCUCCCAUGAGAUAAAGUUGUUAUACUCAGGAUUAGUUUUAAGGUCAUUUUCUUUGCUUCAUGUACCAAUAUUGCGAUCUUUAGUUUCAAGUAUGGUCAUUACAACAGAUAGAGGUUCAAUUUUUUCAAUAAUGGCUUGCUUAGAUCAAAUAUUCAUUUUAUUGCUUACUCAGAUUUUUAAUUAUCUCUACAUUAAGAUUAAUCAAAGUGGAUACUUUUUUCUGGUACCUGGAAGUUUGUAUAUUAUUCCUUCAAUUUUAAUUAUAAUAUAUUGGGUGAUUACUUCCACAAAAAAAGACGAUAAGUUGCUUUUAAUAGUUUCAGAAACGUGAAAACAAAAUGGUUGCUAAAAAACAAAGUCAUUACAGAUUAUUCUAGACAAUGGAGUGAAAAAUGAAGUUUGUUGGAAAAUGUUGACAUCAUGCAUCAAUUAAAGAUAUAAGCCAAAAAAAGAUACUAUUUAAGAAUUUUUGUAAUAUUUCUUUUUUUUUACAGUUUAUAAUAUGUUUUUUAUUAUAAUUCUUUUAUCAAUUAAAAAUUUAACACAAAAAAAAAAGUACUACGUGAGAAUAUUUGUAAUAAAGAUUAUUU